AUGCAAAAAAAUAAGAUAAUAAUUACUGACAUUCUAAAAAUUUCAAAUAAGUUUAAUCAAUCUUUCUCUGAUGAAAUAUAUAAUAAACUGUUUAUUGAGCAAUUUCCAGGUUAUAUGUCGUCAAUGUGGUCAUAUAAAGAUAUUCCGUGUUUCAAUAGAAUACUUAUAAUUGUACAAGAUGGAUAUUGUUUUGACAAUAUGCUUCAAUUUUUAGAAAUGUAUUUAAAAGAAUACAAUAUGAAAAAUAAUUCAGACGUAAAGGUCUCUGCCUGUGUAGACCUCACAAAAGCUGAUAAAUUAACUUUAGGUUUGAAUCUCUCUAUUUCAAUACCUAAGGAACCGACAUUACGUUUCUGUGAUGACACUUCUCCUACAUUACUAAAAUUUUCAGAACAUCAACCUUACCAUAUUUAUUCUGAACCACUACCUACGGAAAAAUUAAGACCGAACAGUGAUUUAUCAACUGCUGGCAAUUCAAAAUUUUCGAAUUUAACAGUAAAUACACAACAGAUAGAGAAUAGUAAGUCAGAUUAUGUAUUGCACGACAGCAAAGAUGACUCUACAAGUCCAACCAUAAUAUUACAUGAAAUAUAA